CUCCAAAUUUUCUCUUCUUUGUUAUAUCAUUCUAGUUAACAUGCAAGGAUUCAUCACUUAUAUUUUAAUUUUUUGUUUUAUUUCACCUUGUCUAUGUACAAGGUUGAAUGUUGAAACCACAAAUGAUAAUUAUAAUGUAAUGCAAUAUGGUGCAAUUGGUGAUGGCAAAUCUGAUGAUACACAAGCAUUUUCAAAAGCAUGGAGUAGUGUCUGUGCAUCAAGUGGGAUGGCAACAUUAGUUAUACCAUCUGGAAAAUCAUUCUUAGUGACUAAAGUAAAUUUUAGUGGUCCUUGCAAUGCCAAAAUUCGUAUUCAGAUGGAAGGGCGAAUAGUUGCACCUUCUAAAGAAAAUUGGAAAGGUGGGAAUAAUUUGAUUUCGAUUGAAUAUUUAAACGAACUUAUUGUUGACGGAAAUGGCCUUGGAGAAAUCAAUGGGAAUGGCGCUACUUGGUGGAAUUGUCCAACUUGUGUUCGACCUGGGGUGUUGUUUUUUCAUGCAUGCAAUGGUCUUAAUGUUCGAAACUUGAAGAUCACCAAUAGUCCACAAAUUCAUGUAUAUGUUAUGGAGUGCAAUGGUGCAACAUUCACUCAUGUAUCUAUUAACUCUCCUGCUACUAGCCCUAACACAGACGGGUUUGGCAUUUCUUAUGCUAGUAAUAUUUUGAUACAAGACUCCGAUAUAAAAUCCGGUGAUGAUUGUAUUGCCAUCAACACCGGUUCCACUUUUAUCAACGCUACUCGAGUUAAUUGUGGACCAGGUCACGGGAUAAGCGUUGGUAGCCUUGGUAGAAAUAGAGCUACGGAUAAAGUUUCCGAUGUUCAUGUACGCAAUUGCACUUUCACUGAAACUAUGAAUGGAGCAAGAAUCAAGACGGUUGAGGGUGGAUCAGGUUAUGCAAAACAGAUUACUUUUGAACAAAUCACCCUUGUGAAUGUUCAGAACCCUAUAAUUAUAGAUCAAAAAUAUAAUCCUGGUAUCCAGGAUACAUCUGUGUCGGUGAGCUCUGUGACAUAUCGAGGGUUUACCGGAACUUCUGCGACCGAUGUAGCCAUUAAACUAGAUUGUAGCUCAUCUGGUUGUAAUGAUAUUCAAUUGGCGGACAACAACAUUGUUUCUGCUCAACCAGGAAAGAAGACUUCUGCUUUUUGUAGUAAUGCUCAUGGAACUGCUACAAACACUAUUCCAAAUGUCCUUUGUCUAAACCAAUAAUGUGCUAUU